AUGGGGCUGUUUACUGGAGGACGGGGAGGCGGCGGCGGUGAUGCCGUCGGUCGGGGGGCGGUGUCGUCUCUGCCCAAUGUUGCCGACGCUCAGACCGUGGUUUUGAAGCAGACCAGGGGCGAAGGCCGCGAGGAGGGUGCGUUGUCCCCCUCGUUGAUAGACCGCUCAAAAAGUCAGCAGCUUGUCAUAAGGAAGGGUGAUGCUCGUGUGGGUUUUUUUGAUACCGAUGCCGUUGAUUGCAUACUGAGACGCUACGAGAAGGAAAUGACGGUUGCCGACCAGUUAAUGAAGAAAAAGCAAAGGAAACAGCAGGAGCAGGGCCUCUUUCACCUCUACGAUUACGAGGAAGAUCGGCGUUAUAGCCAGUGGCUUAAGGAUCAGGAGCACGUGCGUGCAACCCUCAAAAUCCAUUGGCUGGACAUGAUCAUAGACAAGCCGUUGCUUUGCUUGACGUACUUUGCUCGCGUGGGGACAACCGCAGGGCUCUUUCACGGAGCGGGGCGCUCGGUGUACCUGUAUCGUACGAUGGACAAAGUGUAUAUUAAGCUUCAUGGUGUCAGCUUUGCUGGUAUCGCCCUACAUGAAGUCAGUCUGUCAGUCAUAAAGGGUGCUCUUGUGGCAGCUGCUGGCACGGUGGGUGUUUUUGUGGGCGAGGCUGCGACAAGCAUUGCGCGAUCCGCUGCCACCGGAGACGUAUCCGUGCCGGAGCGCACAUGGGCCAAUGUCUGGGUCUGUGGAACGUCUAGUGGGUUUUUUGCUGGAGGGGCGUUUGCUGCCCUUCACGCCUCAAUCCUUACACCUUGGGGAAUGGCGGUCGCCGUGACCGGUUUUACGGCGCUCAGCUCCCUUGCUGGACUUGCACUGGCCCGCAUCGCGUAUCAUCCCUUUGCCUCCGCGCGUCAGGGCCGCACAUACGACCCCUACUGGCAUCCAUGGUACACGAGAAGGGUGAAUGACGGCGGUGGUACCUACAUGCGUGGAAAAUACAUCUGA